GCCAGCGUGGCUCGAGCCUGGAGUGCGGCGUUCGACAACAUCAUCGGCAACCACAUCUCCACCUUCUUCAUGAACAAGACCACAGUGCACCUGCCAGGGGUGCUGGCUGAGCGCCCAGACUUCUUUGCCCUGAUCCUCAUUGGGCUGCUCACUGCGCUGCUGGCCUUUGGCGUUAGUGAAUCCGCCCUCGUGAAUAAAAUCUUCACGGCAGUGAACCUGGUGGUGCUGGGCUUUGUCAUCAUUGCUGGCUUUGUGAAGGGAGACAUCAAGAAUUGGCAACUCUCGGAGGAGGACUACAUCAACCACUCAUACCUGGACCCACAGGAUGACGUCAGGAAAAAAGCCUUCGGCUCUGGUGGCUUUGUCCCCUUUGGACUGGAAGGGAUCCUGACUGGCGCUGCCACCUGUUUCUACGCCUUUGUGGGCUUUGACUGCAUUGCCACCACAGGGGAGGAAGCCAGGAACCCACAGCGCUCGAUCCCCAUUGGCAUCAUUGUGUCCCUCCUCAUCUGCUUCGUAGCUUAUUUUGGGGUCUCCGCGGCCCUGACCCUCAUGGUGCCGUACUUCCUCCUGAACAAGGAGAGCCCCCUGCCUGAGGCUUUCAAGGCAGUGGGCUGGAAGCCCGCCCGCUAUGCUGUUGCCGUUGGCUCGCUCUGUGCCCUCUCCACCAGCUUGCUGGGCUCCAUGUUCCCCAUGCCCCGUGUGAUCUAUGCCAUGGCGGAGGACGGGCUGCUCUUCAGGUUCCUCUCCAGCAUCAACAGCCGCACGAAGACCCCUCUGUCAGCCACCAUCACCUCGGGGCUCCUUGCGGCGGUGAUGGCCUUCCUGCUUGACCUAAAGGACCUGGUAGACCUCAUGUCAAUCGGCACACUGCUGGCCUACUCCCUGGUGGCAGUGUGUGUGCUCAUCCUCCGGUACCAGUCCGAGCAGCUGAACUCCCCGAAGGCCAUGGAAAUGCUGGAGCUGAACGGGAACGAGGAGGAGAGAGUGAUCAUGAAUCCAACUGUCACCGCCACCAGUGUCCAGCAGAAAGAGACGCUGGCCCUGGCGACACUGUUCAACCCACCUGCAGACACCCCCACCGCGCUAUCGGGGCGCAUCGUCUACAUCUGUGUCUCAGUCAUUGCCACACUGAUCGUGGUCAUCUGCGUGGUCCUGACCCUCAAGGUGACUGCGCUGAAGGACGCCAGCGUGGGCUGGAUCAUGGCCCUGGUGCUGCUCCUUGUGGCUCUGCUCAUUCCCACCAUCAUCAUUUGGAGGCAGCCGCAGAGCAACGCGCGGUUGAACUUCAAAGUACCUUUCCUCCCGCUCCUGCCGAUCUUCAGCAUCUUCAUUAACAUCCUGCUGAUGGUACAGCUGAACACUGGCACCUGGGUGCGGUUUGCCAUCUGGAUGGCCGUGGGUUUCAUUAUUUACUUCGGCUACGGUAUUCGGAACAGUGUGGAAGGGAAAAGCGCAGAGGAACCCUGUGCCACAGCAGAAAAGCCUCUGCACCACCCAGGACUGGACCUCAGCCCUGGAGCUGCUGCGGUCUGA